AUGCGUAUGAAAAACAAUUAAAUCUCUAAAGAGCUUUGAAGUUGAGAUCGCGUUUAUAUAUUUCAACAUUAGAAGUACCUGAGGCCAUUUAAUUAUUGUAUAAAUGGUUAGGUAAUUAAUCCUAUACACAUUAUUUAAAAGGAGGGAGAUUAGAGAAGCAGAAAUUGCGUAGAAAUUAAUCCGACAAUAGCAGUUGGCACUCAAACUCCAAACAUGCCUCAAGUACGUGGCAAUACAACUUGGCUAACGAAUCCUCGAGUGAUCCAACAACCUAAAAUGAAACCUGUGAGAAUCGAUCAGAGCUCUCAAAAGAUUGAGAAUGGUCGAAUGGACGAUAAUUUAAGAGAAGAAUUGAGUAAUCUUCACAUGGCACAACACAGGUCAUUUGCUGAUCGAAAUUGGAUGAUAAAAGAAGUUCGAGGAGACGUUGAAGAAAUGCAUAGGAUUAAACGGGAAUCUCGAAAUUGUAAGAGUGCAAUAAGGUCUCUAACUGCAGGAACGACUAGAGGAAACUCUCAAUCACCGAAUAAUAGUUCUAAAUUAAACUCUUGGGUUCACAUAGAUGAUGAUGAAGAUGACUACGUCGAAAUGAAUAAAGAAGUUUAUAGGCCAAAAACAAGUAAACGAGUAAAAAGAGUUAGUCCAACAAGGAGAGCAAGAACAGCUUUGGAAUUGAAAAGGGACGAGGCAAAAAUGAAGGAGCAAUUAGCUUCUGAACAGAGAACGCAAACUGCGUUAGGUUUCGAAAGAGAUUUAGAGAAGCAAUCUUUUCAAGAGUUAUGUUUUAAUGGUAAAGGGCGGAAGCUAUGCGAUGACGAAGCAGAUAUGAGAAGAAUGGCUAUUAGAAAUGCAAGAAAACGAAUGCUUUUAGCUGAUGAGGAUAGGCUGAAAGGAAAAAUUCGUCAAUUUUAUCAAGAUUUAGAAAAACUACAGCUCAAUCCUCAAUCAAGAACAAAUUCAACAUCGCAUUCUUUUCUAUUGCCCAAAAGACAAUACAAAUCUUGCUUUAGAAUCUUUUGACCAAUUAUUUCCAAAAAAUAAAGGAAAAGGUAAAUUAAGUAUCUUAAAAAAAGGUGGAUUAAAGCAGUACAUGCAAUAGGAUUAAACGGUUACUUAGGAUUAAUAAUAAUAUUUCCUUUUUAAAUUUAAACUAAAUAAAGAUAAUGCUUAAGACGUAAUAUCUUUUAAAGAAGUUUCUAUAAGCGUUUCUUGUUUUAUCUUCUUAUUUAUAUUCUUCUAAAAUGAGAAUGCAAAAAAAAAACAAAACAAACAAAAAGGCUAAAACGUAAAAUAAAAGACUGAAAUGUUUAUCAUUGUUAAAUAUUACCGAAAGUAUUAUAAUUCUC